AUGCUAGUGGGACCGGGUGAGUUCGACUCAUUACCAUACGAGCUAUCCGCAAACUGCGGAUUCGACUCUUCGCAUUGGCAAAUGCUCGGAAACGGCGAUAUAUGCUCCUUACCCAUUGAGCUAUUACAAACCCCCCGCCAGAACGGACUACAUCCAGACCCCGGGAUGUCUCCAACCGGGCUAGAUGUAUAUGGCUCACCGAUGUCGUUCUCACGGUCAUGUAAAUGCGACGAAGAAGUCUCCGCUCUAGUCCGGAACCUGAGUCGAGCAAACAUGUCUCACGAGGUCAUCCCGAUGCUUCGCAGGGGAGUAUCUCUCACAGAGAGACUACUUAUAUGUCCGAUCUGCUACGACGUGUCAAAACCGCCUCGAGUAACCGUGCAAAAUGUGCUUCUCAUCGGCCAGCUCAUGUUUGAAGUCACAUCCUGCUACCAGAAGUACCUUCGCUGGUUGGACAAACACUGUACGGAGGUUGAUGCGAGGAAUGAGAGUAAUACGGUCUAUCUUGACUCCGGGCUGGGGGUCAAUUUGCAGAUCAGCGGCAAGAAGUUACGGGAACUUGUCACGCAUGGCCUUCAAGCAGAUGCAGAACGGCUCCUGGGGCUAGGGAAACAAUUUGCACAACGGCAGCGUGAUCGUCAUAUGGUUGGUCAUGAGUCUUGUCCAGAUCCAGAGGGGCGUUGUCGGAAGAAGGAAGAUGGUGUUGAUCAUGAUCCACUGGACUUGUGUCCGCAGAACCCUGUGGCGCGGAAAUUGGUGCCUUGUUUUCGGAUUGUUGAUGAGGUUCGCGGGAUGAUUGAGCAAGUUGCAAAUGCUGUUGUGUGA